CGGCAAAUACAAACUCAACUCUUGGCAUUUAUCAACACAAGCGCACAAAUCUUCAUCCAGUCAUUUCAUUCUCUCCAACGUGACUCUGCCACAAAAAAGCCUUCGUCUCAUUUGCACUUUUUAUCGAUUUACGCGAAUGACUACUUCCCCAAUCAUUUUCCACUAAAGUUCCACCUCACUUUCAGCUGAAUCAAAAAUUGUCACAGUCGUGAGAUUUGUCUUAAAGGGCAAACAUCAAGAAUUCAGUAAAAAUGACAGAAACUAGUGAUUUUUCCCAGGACAAUGUACUUCAGGAGUGUCAGGAAUUCAUGUGUGAAGCAAUUGAGAAAGCCGGUGAUAUUGUGAGACGUGGUAUUGACGCUGUGAAGAAGGUAGAGACAAAAACGAGUGUAUUUGACUUAGUCACGGAAUACGAUGGGCAAGUGGAGGAUUUCCUCGUGUCUGAAAUCCACAAAAAGUACCCAGAACACAAAAUAAUUGCUGAAGAGAAACAUGCCAAGGAACCUCUAACUGACAAUCCCACAUGGAUUAUCGACCCUAUUGACGGUACCACGAGUUUCGUCCAUGGCUAUCCACUUGUAGCCAUUUCCGUUGCCCUUGCAUAUCGCAAAGAACUAGUUCUUGGUGUCGUUUCCGCUCCCAUCCAGCGAGAAAUCUACUGUGCUCGCCGUGGGAAAGGAGCCACAAUGAAUGGCCAGAAAAUCCACACAAGCCCCAUUACAAAUCUCAUAAACUCCCUCGUGGGCGAUGAACCAUCCCUGGCAUCACGGGACAAAUACCGCAAUGACAUUAUGGUUCGAACCUAUGCCCUAACCAAUCGAGUUUCCGGAAUUCGAGCAGUAGGAUCAGCCGUUCUAGGGCUAGUCUACGUUGCUCGCGGUAUUCUCGAUGUCUACCAAGUGAUUGGAAUUUAUCCAUGGGACUUGGCAGCUGGAGCUAUUAUUGUCCAGGAAGCAGGUGGAAUAAUUUCACAUCCUGAUGGAUCACCCUAUGACAUCAUGAAUGGGAGUAUCUGUGUAUCAGCAAAUCAAGAGCUACACCAGCAAAUUCUCACCUUCAAUCGCGAAGUCAGUGGAAAAGUAUUGGAAUUAAGGGAUAAGUAGGAAAAUCAUCUUUUGAUUCUGCAACGUCCUCUCACAUGGAAAACUUCAAUAUUUAUAUUUCCUGAAUUGCACAUUAUCAGUAUUGGAUGCUAAUAUUAUUGAUAAUAAUUCAUUACACUGCAAAAAUUUUUGAUUGGCUGUAGAUAAGGGUCAGCUUUUAGUUAAAUGAUUUAAUCAUCAUUGAGGAGCUCUCUUUGAAUUGUAAUGAUCAGCGCACAAUAAUUUUUGUUUGUAAACAUGUUUUCAAAAUUUCCCAUGAGAAUGAGCGAGAUGACUAGAUUUAGAUCUCACUCACUCUCAUUGAAAAGUCAAAAACAUGUUUACUAAACAAAAGUUAUUGUGCGUUGGGCAUAAGAAAUAGUGAAAUAGAGCAGUCAUAGAAAAACUCGUUACGUAAAAUAAUAAUAACAUCUUACAUUAAAGCAAUAUUAAAAAGGAAUAAUUUGGGAAUUUUGUGAAAAAUAAAUUUUUCAAUACAUUAAUUUAAA